GUGUCGAGUUCUACCUUAGUCUAUAAGUAACACCAUUUCCAUCUCCCGUGAGAAAUCACCGUGUCAUUUAGUUUCUUGUCUGAUACUCAAUGUCUCGACUCUUCUUCAUCCUCCUCUUCGUUGCCUUCACCUCCCUUCUACUGCCUCAAUGCCACUGCAUUAAUGGCGGCGGCAACCACAGUGGUGAAGUGAGGGGGAUGUUCGUGUUCGGGAGCUCGUUGGUGGACAACGGCAACAAUAACUUCCUGCACCGCUCGGCCGUGCGAGCCGACUACGCCCCCUACGGCAUCGACUUCCCGGGCGGCCCCUCUGGCCGCUUCUCCAACGGCCGCAACGCCGUCGACGUCCUCUCCCAGCUCCUCCGCCUCCCCUCCCUCAUUCCUCCUUACGCCGACCCCCACACCAGAGGUGAACGCAUCGUCUGCGGUGUCAACUUCGCCUCCGGAGGCUCCGGCAUCCUGGACCAAACCGGCUCCACCACCGGUGAAGUUAUGAGUAUGAGGAUGCAAAUAAAGGCGUUUGAGCAGAAGACACUGGUGGAGUUAAAGUCUCUGCCCGGAUUCUCCAACCACCACCUUGCAGAGUAUUUAUUUGUGGUCGGGACCGGAGGCAACGACUACCUCCUCAAUUACUUUGCCAGGGCUGAAAAUUUAAACAACUCGACCGCCCGAUCGAACUUCACCCGGCUCCUCAUUUCUACCCUGUCGGCCCAACUCAAGAGGCUCUAUGACCUCGGCGCAAGGAAGUUUGUGCUCUUCUCCGUCCAGGCGAUGGGUUGCGUUCCGGUGGUGAGAGCUAUUCACGAUGCGCAUACCGGGAGCGGCGGCGGCGGCGGCGCCUGCGUUGAAGCUGUGAACAAGGCCGCCGACCUCUUCAACUGCCACCUCCGACGGCUGGCCAAGAGGAAGCACUCCAUGCCGGGUUCCAGCAUCGUCUAUGUCAACUCCUACAAGAUCAUCAGGGACAUCAUCGGCAACCCCACCGGAACCGGGUUCCACGAGACGAGCAGGGCAUGCUGCGAGUUGUCGUCGGCCAUGGAGGAAGGCAGGGGGGUGCUGUGCAAAAGAGGAGGGCGCGCGUGCAGCCACCGAAGCUCCCACGUCUUCUUCGACGGACUCCACCCCACUGAUGCUGUCAACGAGCGGAUCGCUCGCGAGGCUUACGGUUCCUAUCGCAAGGCAGUGGCGUACCCAAUCAAUGUGCAACAACUGGCUAAGUUAUCUAUCUAAACCGCAUCUGGUUAUUCUAAUCAUAUAUAAAUGGCAGACUAUGAUAUGCUUUAGUUAGCAAGCUAUAUGUUGUUAGCACAUGUAUAUAGACUGAUAUGAUGCUAGUAAAUUAGAAAUCUAGGUGUUAUUAGGCAUGGAGCAGUAGUUUGCUAGUAAUGUUUGUAUUAGGCAUGGAGCAGUAGUUUGCUAGUAAUGUUUGUAUUAGGCAUGGAGCAGUAAUUUGCUAAUAUAAAUAUUGCAGUUUCUAAA